AUGGCCGUGAACGCAUAUGACUUUUUCAAGGCAGCAAACCUUGACAAGCCUAGGGACACAAUGAAAAGCAAGGUCGGAUCCAAUGUUACUUUGAUCAAUGUCAUGCAGUUGCCUGGACUCAACACCCUGGGCAUCUCGUUGGCUCGCAUUGACUACGCACCAUUAGGUCAGAAUCCGCAACACACCCACCCACGUGCCACAGAGAUUCUCACCGUGCUUGAGGGUACACUCUAUGUUGGAUUUGUCACCUCCAACACAGACAACGGUAACAAGCUAUUCGCCAAGGUUCUCAACAAGGGUGAUGUGUUUGUAUUCCCCCAAGGGCUCAUACACUUCCAAUUCAACCCGAUCCAUGACAAGCCGGCUGUGGCAAUCGCUGCACUAAGCAGACAGAACCCUAGGGCAAUUACUAUUGCCAACGCAGUCUUUGGAUCAAAACCACCGAUCUCAUAUGAUGUCUUGGCCAAGGCCUUCCAGGUGCAAAAGGGGACAAUUGAUUGGCUCCAAGCUCAAUUCUGGGAGAACAACCACUACUAA